GAAACUCAGGGGAGAAACUGCAAAAGAACUCGGCGAAAUGGCAGAAAAGGCAACGCCAGAAAAGAGCGAGACCCCGCACAAGUUGACGUACAAGCCCAGCGCGGGAAGCAGCGCAGGUGGCGGAGGCGGAGGCGGCGACGGCGACAGCGGAGCAGCACCGCGCCCCGCGCCGCAACCGGAACCCUCUUCUCAGCGGCCACCUUCACCGCCACCGCCCGACGACGACGACGACGACGACGACGACGAGGAUUAUGAGGGCUUCGAAGACGAUGAGCUGGAGGUACUUGAAAGAAGAAGUGGAUGGGGUUCUCUGUACACGAGUGAUCCUCAAGUUCUUUGCAUGGACUCGAGUGAUCCACAAAAUCCUCCUGGUUAUAUUGGCCGGCAAAGUUGUGAGCCGCUCACCACACAGGAGUUUUUUUCACUGCGCCAGAAUUGGCAACAGCUGCUAGAUGGCAAGAAGACAUACCUCCGCCCGCCAAAGAACAACCGUGUUGCCAAGGACAAUUAUGCCAACUGCCUCUUUGUAACCCCAGAACCUCUUGAGAAGGCAAUACAAUGCCAGGUGCCAGUGCCACUAUCUGAUUUUGUUCGUGCAGCUGCUGAAAAUCCUACAGUUCAGCAAAAGUUUAAGAUUCUUAGUGAGCAUUAUGUUUGCAUCAGACAAAUGCGAAUAGAUGGAUCAUCUUUUUACAGAGCUUUCCUUUUCUCUUACUUGGAAAACCUUGGGAAAAUGCAAGGUAGUCAAGAUGAGGUCACUCGCUUAAUGGAAUGUGUGGCAAGGUCCAAAGAGAAUUUCUGUCGUUUACAUUGGGAUAGUGCGUACUUCUCAAAUCCUGAAGCAUUUUUCUCAAGUGUUGUUUCUGAGUUUGAGAACUUGGUCAAUUCAGUUGCCAAUGGGCUAAAUGCUGAUGAGCUUUACAAGAGAAGCCUACAGGAGAUUACGUCAUCCAGGAUUCUUUGUUUGCUUAGGUUGCUGACAGAGGUUCAUAUCCGAACACAUCAUGCAGACUACGUGCCAGCAUUCGAGCAAACCCAAGCCCUUUUGUUUUGCAUAGCAUCAGUGCGUCCCUUUGACGCUGAAGCCAACACGCUACAAAUGAGUGCUCUAUCAAAUGCACUUGGCAUCCCAACGCACCUGGCACUCGUGGACGGAACCAUGGACAAUGGGAUUGCGCAAGUAAAGUGCUUUGACUUCUUUCCUCAAUCAGAAUCAAGAGUAAGCACAACAUCAGGACCUCUCAAUUUAAUCACAAGUUACUGUCUCUCAAGUGCAACUGACAAACAUCCAAAGCAAGGAAGGGAUGAUAGUAACUCAGCCAUGCCGGCUGGAAACUUACUUUCAUCUGAUCACAUGCCUUUAGUCUCCUUACUGAGUAGGCCAUAUCGAUGUGACAUUCUUUAUCGCAAGUGAAUUGCGAGUAUGUGGCAGCCUAUGGUGAACAGUUCUAACCGAAACUGUUUGGGUUAUAACAUGGAAACCUAUUGAUAACGUACUCUAGUAUGGGUGUUUGAUUGUGCAUCUGCUUUCAAAAUGUAUCUGGUUACACUUUUGCCCAAGACAAAAAAUACUCCAUUUGCUGGGAUGUGGUGAUGCACUCAGUCUAUGAAAUAAAUUUGGACUUGGCAUAAAAUCUGAGGCAUUGUUUCUCAUGUUGCUGGAGACUUAAGGGCACUAAUACCAGUGGGAAGAACUCUUUACACUGGGAGCAGUGGGAUACAUCUGUUAGAUUUUUUUUUUCUUAUGGAUGUUCUUCCUGUUGCUGAAGCAUGGAUCGAAGAUUCAUAUUUGGUAAGAGCAUAUGAAGGACUAGUUGUUUUCUGAUACAGAAAGAUGUGGUUUGGAUAAUACCGGAAUUUGCAGCAUGAAGGCAUUUUUUGAGAGGCCCAGUUACUGCAGGCUCUCCUUUGGCCAGUGAUUGGUAACACUUGCUAAAAGUUGGAUGUGUUCUAGAAAGAAUUUUAAAUUGAUAAUGAUAUGGAGUUUGUAUUUUUCUUGUGAAAAAUCUUUGAAGACACUUGUGGGAAACUAAGAUUAGCAUUGACAGACUUAAUCAAAUGAAAAUGUAGUAUGUGAGCGGUGAUUCUUCUGGGAAAACUCAUGUGGAUGCCAAUGGAGACUGGAUCGAUCUUGUGUAUUGCUGCAGCUUGCAUGGUACAAAUAGUGUUGUUGAGUAGAAAAUUUAAAGCCAUCUCCGAGAUUAAAUUGGAAAUACAGUUUUACUUCAAGUGGAAGGUUAUGGACAUACAGCGCCCCCUACUAGACAUGAUGCAUGAAUGGUUCAUGACAUUCAAACACAUGCAUAAUAGUGGAAACUUCAGCCAUUCAAUUUGGCUGUUUUUGGUCAGUUGCUGAACUGCGGCAUUUAAUUCCAACAGCACAAUUUGUCCAUUAUGUUCACUAUAAUGUUGGUGCUAGCUUCCCGGUCACUGGAGUUGAGUGAUCUGCAGAGAACAGAGACAGCAGAGGGAGGGAUAGACAAAUAGGAAGGUAACUUAUAGAAGAUCAGAUAUGUAGAAACAUAAUUCUUGUUUCUUCACUUAGUUUAGGUUAUCAUCAGUUACUGUCUCCCUCACACUGAUCAAUAUGGCCCUCACACAAACAUGGAAAGAAUUACAAUCACAACAUGUACCCCUGCAGUGCCUUGCAUUCAGUUGUAUGCCAGAUAUCCUACAGAGAUGCCUUAUGGCUAUGCGCCUGCAUGUUUUAGCUUUUGUGGCAGGCAAAAGCACUGCUUGACAACGUUGCAAUCCUUCUUGGAUCUGGCAUUUGACAAGCACUUGAGCAGCAGCUGAAGCACUGCCGUCAUUUACCAAACUCCUAUCCAAGAUGUAUUCUGGCAAGAGUCGACAUAUUGCCCAGAUCAGGCAGCUCAGGGAUCUGAGGGAGCACUGAUGUGCACUAAGUUGAGACAUUAAGCACAAGGUGAAUUUUGCAUUUUUCUGAUAGAGCUAAGUGGUAUGCUGUUAAAUUCCUUGCACUUUAGUACUGCAAAUGGGCCAAAGUACUUUAAAGGGAGCUUCGCACAUGGUUGACGAUUUACCAUAAUCAACCUGAAAUUGAUUUGGAGAACGAUGCUUAUCAGUUUGUAUCUUCAUUUUGUUCUGAACUCAACUCAGUUCAUUCUUGAGAUCAAAUUUACCUGCCCAUCCUAUA